AAGUUGCUACCGAGGACACCAACGGGAACCUCUCCAUCCUUGGUUCUGGUGUGCCACCAUUAAACCUUGGCAUGCUACCCACCGGCUCAUAUCCCGCUUGGUGCGACAACAUAGUACUCAUAUCCGUUUUGGGCGACCCAUACAUUCGGGCCCUUGCCUCGCCUCCCCCGACUCCCUCGACUGGUUCGAUUCCUCUAAUCACUCCCACCGAUUCUGACCCCUCCAGCCGAUUCUCCCACUCUGAUGCUAAUCUAGCGAUCCCUCACCGUCGUACUCUUGGAUUUUCUCCAGGGGCACGAUAUAUUGGCGCUUUUGCUGGGCACAGCGCUUUUAUCCCGGUGCUUGGAUUAUGGAUUCUUCUACCUUCACCCUCACUUGUCCACACCGCAUUCCUGAUCCUAUAUCCACUGGACCCACCUUUCCCGAGGCAAACGCUGCACAGCAUUCCACAGAUGUGGGACACAACUCAGAUGAGUCCUGGAUCAGGCACCCAUUUUACAGCAUCCCCCGAGUGCGCGCACUCAUUCGUCCGUUCUAGGAAGAGUUCCACUGCACCAACGUUCCUCGUCGCCAGAAAUAUUGUUCAAUGGCGGAUCGGAACUUGUUGUCCCUCUGAAGUAUCAACCGAUUAUCAUUGACCCCAAUCGCGUCGACAGCACGGAGGCCUGGUAUGGUGAUCGAGUGCCGGAUGAUAGUAUGCGCCUCUACCGCCCUCGGUCCAGCAAGGAUGGGACUCGUUUUCUGCUCCAGGGCCAGAUGAAGGCCCCAAUCGUCGUCGAUAUUGGCCAGGUUGGUUAGAACAUCCGAUUUCGUCACUUGCCAGUCCCAACGCUCCUUUCACUCCCCCUUCAGCAGAACCUUGUCCGUGCAGUGUAGUUGAUAUUUUGUAACGUUAUAUUAGACUUGGAAAUCAUUCGACAUUGAAAACG